GUGGUGAUGCUGCUGGCGCUGGUCAUCCUCAUCCCGGCGCUGGUGAGCUCGGCGGGCGCGGACGGGCGCUACGAGAUGCUGGGCACCUGCCGCAUGGUCUGCGACCCCUACCUGGGCCGGGCGGCCGCCACCGCCAGCGCCCGCCCGGAGCCCGACACCCCCGGCGGGCCCCCGCCGCCCUCCACGCUAGUGCAGGGGCCGCAGGGCAAGCCGGGCCGGCCGGGCAAGCCGGGGCCGCCGGGGGAGCCGGGCCCGCCGGGGGCCAUGGGCCCGCCCGGGGAGAAGGGCGAGCCCGGCAAGCCGGGGCCCCCCGGCCCGCCCGGCCCGGCGGGGGGCAGCGGCGCCUUCAGCACCGCCACGUACAGCACCGCGCCCCGCGUGGCCUUCUACGCCGGGCUCAAGAACCCGCACGAGGGCUACGAGAUCCUCAAGUUCGACGACGUGGUGACCAACCUGGGCAACAGCUACGAGGCGGCCACGGGCAAGUUCACGUGCAGCGUCCCGGGCACCUACUUCUUCACCUACCACGUGCUGAUGCGCGGCGGGGACGGCACCAGCAUGUGGGCGGAUCUGUGCAAGAACGGGCAGGUGCGGGCCAGCGCCAUCGCGCAGGACGCUGACCAGAACUACGACUACGCCAGCAACAGCGUCAUCCUGCACCUGGAUGCCGGCGAUGAGGUCUUCAUCAAACUGGACGGCGGCAAGGCGCACGGGGGAAACAACAACAAAUACAGCACGUUCUCGGGCUUCAUCAUCUACUCGGACUGA